AUGAUCAAUUUUGGUAUUCGGACCCGCAUAUUGGCCGUCGUCCUCAUUGCGCUGGCGCUCGGGCUCUUGGGCACACAAUUUCUGGUGCGUGAUGACACGCGACUAGAAAGUCUGCCUGCGGGUCACGGGCGGCCGAAUGCUGGUCCCAGACGGAGCAUCAAAACCGCACCUAGUCACGAGACAGAAAUCAAAGAAUGGAGCCUUGGACCGCCCCGGGUGCCAUGUGUAGGGCCGCGAGGGCUAGAGCUUGGCCAGGAGGAGAACGAUGACAACCCACGUGAGAACGUCAUCGACAUCCCAUACCCUCGCCCGUUUGUGGGCUCUCAUGAGAGCAUGGGCUUGAGCCAGACCUGGAUGACAGCCGCCGAGCGCUAUGGCCCGUACGGCUGGGGUGACGACAAGCCGACAUACGGCAAGACGAAGGUGGCAUGGGACUCGGCAGACUGGGCGGCCCUGCAAAAUCAAUGCCUAGCACGCAAUUCCCAGAGAUUCAAAGACCCAACGCCCCUCCGCGCCGGUGAGCGCCGCUUCCGUAUGCGCGAGGCAAGCGAGGAGGUGAGGCUUCCGGUGGUUGAACCGCAGGCGGCCGAGCAUGUGCCACGGACGGCCAUCGUUUUCCGCGUUUUUGAGGGUUACAACUACACCGCUGAGGACCUCGUGAACCUGCGCGCGACCACCGCCGAGACAGCGCUGCGUUACGGCGGCGAGUAUACCGUCUUCAUCCUCGUUGAUGUCAAGGACAAGGGCCGCGACAUUUUUGCCAGCGAGGAUAACUACCAACGGGCAGUCCGGGAGUUGGUGCCCGCCGAGUUCCGAAAUAUCGCAGUCCUGUUCGACGAGACGCUCCUCCAAAGCUGGUAUCCCAGCAUCAAGACGCACAUUACUACGUACCAGGUCAUGCAACCGCUGCAGCUGUUUGGGUAUUUUUAUCCCGAGUUCGACCACUACUGGCAGCUAGAGCUGGACCUUCGGUUCACCGGGCACGCCGGCCGCUACCUCGCGGGCAUGUCUGAUUUUGCACGCGAGCAGCCGCGCAAGCAGGCUAUGGAACGCAGCACCUGGUUCUAUAUGCCCGAGUUUCACGGUGGCUACUCGGACCUGUUGGCGGCCGUCAACGCGUCCCUAGAGGGUAAGGGCGGACUGGGUUGGGGGAUGAAAAUCCAGGAUUUCGAACCACUUGGACCACAGCCGCCCGUCGACGAUCCCUUGGAAGACAAUUUCGAGUGGGGCGUGGGCGAGGAAGCCGACUUCAUCGCCGUUGGGCCGUGUGCGCACGUCCAGUAUAUGGUGGACUGGGCGUGGCGGAACUGGUACCAGGGGCUCAAGGCCGGCACCAAGACGCCGAGGUGGAUGUGCCAGCCAGCGAUGGGCCGCGCGAGCAGGACGCUGUUACAAGCCGCCCACCACGCCCAGGCCGCCCAAGGCCUUGCGGUGCACUCGGAGGCCACCCUGUCGUCGUUUGCGCUUUGGCACGGCUUCAAGCUCGUUGCGCCGCCGCACCCUGUCUAUCAGAACCCGCAGUGGCCGCUCGACAAGAUGUACAAGUUGUACAACGGGCCUGGCGACGUCGAGUCGCACCAAAAGUCGGGCAUGGUUGGCAUGGCCCACGGCAAGGCCAUUUACCGAAUCACGCCUUACGCCUACAUCACGACGUCGUCGUCGUUCUGGUACUCGUCGCCCUUCCCCGACGAAAUCUACGAUGCCUGGUUGUCCCGCGGACCUCAGGGCGGAAACGCGAGUGCCGAGGUGCCGUACGUGCUCUGGCGCAGCGAGAACGGGACUGUAUACGCGCCAAACAUGAUGCUACAUCCGGUGAAAACGAACCAAAACCUGGUGGACCUCCCGGCAGGACCGGGCCCCGUGUUUUACGUAGCCACUGGCGGUACGGUUAUCUUGUUGCUAUCCCUCGCGGCCGCGGGCUUCUGGUGGUGGAGACGGAGGGGGGACGGCAGCUACGCUCCUCUGAGGAAAGACGAUGGCGAUUAG